AUGUUCUACUUCCAUUGUCCGCCGCCGCUGGAGGGUGCCACGGCCUUCGGCGGGCCCUCCACGGCGGACUUCGAGGACGGCUUCCUCCGUCGGAAGCAGCGUCGGAACCGGACCACCUUCACGCUCCAGCAGCUGGAGGCGCUGGAGGCGGUCUUCGCCCAGACUCACUACCCGGACGUCUUCACCCGGGAAGAGCUGGCCAUGAAGAUCAACCUGACCGAGGCCCGCGUGCAGGUCUGGUUCCAGAACAGGAGAGCUAAGUGGAGGAAAACAGAGAGAGGGUCUUCAGAUCCAGAAGGUUCUAAGGAGGCCGUGACCGAAGUGACACCCCCUGGAAGAAAUUUAAGCUCCCCCUCCCCCGUUGACCAACCCAGGAAUAAGAAGGAGAGCCUGGAGAUUCAGCAGAGCCUCAGCAGAGCGGUUGGUCCUUCUGGAUCCUUCUUCCCUUCCUGCCUGCCCGGGACCCUCCUCAACACGGCCACCUAUGCCCAGGCCUUGUCCCAAGUAGCAUCCCUCAAAGGUAGCCCUCUGUGCUCCUGCUGUGUCCCUGACCACAUGGGCCUCUCCUUCCUCCCCACGUACGGCUGUCAGAGCAACCGCACGGCUAGCGUGGCCGCCCUGCGCAUGAAGGCACGGGAGCACUCGGAAGCCGUCCUGCAGUCAGCCAACCUCCUGGCCUCCGGCAGCCCCAGCCCCAGCCCGGCCUCUGGGCCGAAGCCGACCUCCGAGAAUGCUUUGGACAACAAGCCCCCCUUGAGCCUGGAGCAGAAGGAGAGCGAGAAGAGCGUCUGA